CAUCGCUGUGGGUGUGUAACUAACACUGUCUCCAUUCCAAAGAAUCAACUACUUACAUUAAAACGGGCCAUGCCAGCCCGACACUGUAGCUAGUCAUCAUUAUUAUUCAUAUCGCCUCCUUUGAACCAAGGACUACUGGAAUAAUUCCGUUUGCUGGUCGUUUAUCGUCUGGUUUGACCUGCUUAACCACUAAAGUCCUGAACAGGAUUUGCGGUCUGUCAAUGAGGAACUACAGGCUCAUCUUCUGCCAUAACCUGAAGCAACCAUAGAUGAACAAUUCGUUUGCUACUAGUGAGUGGAGCAGGAGAUAAAGUGAACUUCUGGGUAUUUGUACAACAAGACGGACUGAAGCAGCUAGGCUGUGGAGGCGAUGAGGAAGAGCCUCAAUACUUCCCUCAGCGACUCCCUUAGCACGGCCAGAGUGUUCGGGAUCCCCCUGGAGGAGGUGCAGCACAGCGGACAGCCAGGACAUGAGGUCCCCCUGCUGGUCAGGAGCAUCGUCGAGUAUAUUGAAGAGCAUGGAGGGCUGCACCUGGGUCUAUUUCUAGUGAAUGGGAACGCAGAACGCGUGGAAUGGCUCAGGCAGCGCUACGACAGUGGCGUUGAAGUCAAACUGGAGAAGGAGGCCGACCUGGCAUCCGCCGUCAGCCUGCUACGCCUCUUCCUGCAGGAGCUCCCCGAGCCAGUCAUCCCUGCAGGCUUACAGGCGCAAAUAAUGCAGCUCUAUCAAGACUACAGCAGUGAGGAAGAGCUGGGCAGAAACAUGAAGUACUUCCUUCAACAGCUGCCUCAGGUCAAUUACAGCUUGCUCCGCUUCCUCUGCCGAUUUCUGUCCGGUGUGGCGUCUCUUCAGGAGGAGAGCUGGAGCAUAGGAGCUCUCGCUGCCGUCUUCGGGCCAGACAUUUUCCAUUUAGACACAGAUGUGGAGGAUCUGAGAGAGCAGGAGUCGGUCAGCCGUAUUCUGGCAGAACUGCUGGAGAACCAGGAGGAGUUCUUUGACUCGGACGACGAUGACAUUUCCAACACCAAUGACUACAGCUCCAUUAAUGACCAGAUCUCCGAGCUCCUGGAAGAAGAGAAGUUGGAGGCUUGUGAGGAGCUCCCGCGGGACGGCGAGGACGGUCCCUCCUCCCUUUCCCCUCAACAUGCCCAUGUCGCCCCCUCCUCCAGUUCGCACAUUUCUUCCAUCAGCAUUCUUCCAGGAUCUGCCGCUAUAAUCCAGAGGACCAUCCGUGCUGCAGUUGAACAGCACUUGUUGGACUUACAGACGUCUAUUGACAAGGAGCUCGGCAGCUAUGAGAGUCAAGUGUUGGACUCCCAGCCCUUUCAGGGAAAAAGCCCUAUUCAGAAGACAGCAGGGCCUGAGGACCAUGAAGAUGUGCAGUCUGAAUCUGAGGCAGAGACUGAGACUCUCCCGGAGGUUACAGAGGAGGGCCUGCCGUCAGAAAAUAACGAGGAAUCUCAAGGUUCUCAGCUCAGCAGCCCUGUCACGGAAGAAAGCUCUGGGAUGGACCUUGACACGGAGACUCUCAUAGACGCUGAGAAUCUCAGCACGGAAAGACUGGAGAACUACCCAGACUAUGAGCAGAUGGACCAGGCUGAUGUUAUCACCCCUGAGCCCGGAGACUGUGAUUUGAAUGCUAAUAAUGAGUCCACAGAGCUAGACAGCAGCCCUCAGUCUUUGACCGGAAGCAUUUUCUCAGACAGUGAACAAGAAGCAUCAUGCCCCAUCAAUUUCCCACCCAUUGACUUCACAUGUAUGCACCUGCAGAGAGAAGGGAGCGACCCUGUACCAGUGUUCAUGUCAUGGCAAGAGGAGACCGAAUCAGGGGAGGCCCAGCUGUCCCCGCUGGCGGGCCGCAUGGUGCCGCUGCCUCUAGAAGACGAUACUCAGCCGCUGCUAGCCCGACGCUUCCUGGAAUUUGGCCACAGUCAGCGGUUCUUGCAGCAGGACCACGAUGCUACAUCCUCCACCAAAGCUUUGUCCUGUGGAAGGCCUCGCCGUGCUUCCCUCAAUUCCAAAGACAGCCUGAAGGGCGACAACGUCUCCCACCAGCUCACUAAGAAACUCCAGAACCUCAAGAAGAAGAUCAAGCAGUUUGAGGAACAGUUUGAAAAAGAGAGAAACUACAAGCCGUCUCACGCUGAUAAGGCAGCUGAUCCAAAGGUGCUGAAGUGGAUGACUGAUCUGACCAAAAUCCGCAAGCAGCUCAAAGGACGACAGCACCUCUUACCCAAAGGUUCCCUGAGGCACCAGGCCGUGCUUCAAUCAUACAGACGCCACUCGUCCUCUUCCUCCGUCCCGAACACACCCCAUUUUACACUGUCACGCCCCCUCAAUGCCUCUAGACAGGCGCCCCACUUCUAUGCCAAACACAAGGCUGAGAGUGAGCUGACUCCACAGACGCGUCCACGCAGCAACACACUGCCCAAGAGCUUUGGAUCCACGCUGGAUCAGUCGGCUCACGAGGACCCCGUGGAGAGUGAGGCACGGGGUCACCGGCCCUUACGAGAAGAGACACUGGAGCUCAUUCAACACUGCAUCCAAACCAAAAGAGCCGAGGAUGGCUGGCCAGAGGACGUCAGAAAAAUGACCAAGGAGCAGCUUGCCAGUGAGAAAACAGUCCUGCAGAAGAAUCUUCUGUACUAUGAGGGACUUCAUGGGCGCCCCGUGACCCGAGAGGAGCGCUUGAUUGUGAAACCCUUGUAUGACAGAUAUCGGCUGGUCAAGCAGAUGCUCACCCGUGUCAGCAUCACCCCUAUCAUAGCUUCUCCCUCCAGCAAACGGCGCAAUCAGAUGCUACAACCCAUCAUCGAGGGCGAAACUGCCCACUUCUGUGGUGAGAUCGAAGAAGAGGAGGAGGAGGAGGGCAGAGGCCAGCAGGAAAAUGUAGAGAUGCAGAGCGAGGGCUCAGAAAUCAUCAUGGACUCAGUAGCCCAGCCCAGCUCCCAGCAGCCCACUCAGGAGAACAUCCUCAGCUCUGGGAAGCUCAAUCUCGAUCUGCGUCUGUCCAGUUCCAACGCCUCCUCAAUGCCCGAGCUCCUGGAACAGCUGUGGAAGGCCAGAGCGGAGAAGAAGAAACUGAGGAGGACCAUCAAAGAGUUUGAAGAAGAAUUCUAUCAACAGAAUGGCAGGAAUGUUCAGAAGGAAGACCGCUUGCCUAUGAUGGACGAAUACAAAGAGUACAAGCGCAUUAAAGCCAAACUGCGGCUUCUGGAGGUCCUCAUUAGCAAGCAGGAUUCAUCCAAGUCCAUCUAAAAUUGUCCCGUUUGCAUCAGACAUGGCCUGCGCCAUCUCAAAAACCCAUUCUGACUGUAGUCCAUAAACGUCCACCGCAGUCCCUCCUCACUCAACCGCGGGAGAAGAAGAAGAAACGCCUGUACUCCAUCAUCCAAGAAAUGACCUACAGGAAGAGUUUGAUAUUCAGACUUUUGUCUUUCUUUUCCACAUUGACAAGCUUUCUCAUACUGAGAAUCAUGCUGCGUUGAGUUUCGCAUCAGUUCUGCGUAUAUAUAUAUAUGUACAUGGACAUCAAGCACUGAACUCUUCCUCAGACUACACAGAUGGUCAUCAUAUUUCAACACCCGAAUCAUACUCCUCCUCUCUCUAAUUCAUAAGGGUCUUCAUGCUCUCAGAGGGUGUGAUUUGGGUUCUGUGUAUGUAUACUUGUACAGAUCUAUACUAUUCUGUAUGUAGGCUUAAAUAUUUCAAUGUUUUUCUUGAUUGAGAUGUAUCAGUGAAUUAUCGAGUGCGAUUUUUCGCGCCGUUACAAAUCAGAGGACUCUUGUAUCAAGCUGGUGCUCUCUUUGUUUUUUUGUAAUGAGACUUGGAUCAUCUGAUCGGACUGACAAAAGCUACUCCAGCUGGACUGUCACAAACUCUUCCUGAUUCAUAUGUAAAUGACACAUAGCUGUAUGUCUGCGUUCACAUCUAUAUGCAUCUGACUAACAGACGAUGUAACGAAAGUGAAUAUAUAUAUAUAUAUAUAAUAUAUAUAUAUGCCAAACUGACAUGUUAGAUCGCAGUGGUACAUAGUAGAUAAUUUCUGACACUAUAUAGAGUUUUUGUUUGUUUGUUUUUUUGGUACGUUAAUGUGUCCUUAUUGGUUUUUCUCACCUCUAGACUCUUGGUUUGCCAGUGUGCACACAUUCAACAUUCAACUUCAGUCUGAAAGCAUCCGCUCAUGACCAAUAAUGCUAUUAGAUCAAAGAACGUGAUAAUUAGAUGACCUUGUGCUUCUGAUAACCCUGACUCCUGAUGUGUGACCUACAUGCUGUCAUAAUCAUGUGUCAUGUGACUUCAGGGCACAGGAUGAGGUUUCCUGCACUUUGCAGCAUGUCAUGUGAUCUGUGUCACGGUCACUUUACAGCUGCCAGCUCAUAUCGUAACAGUAGCAGCUUUAACGUGCUGCAGGCAUUGAGCUCAACUGAUAAUAAAGUCUUAUCGAAGAGAUAGUGAAGGAAGGAUGCAAGGAUUGAGAGGAACUACUGGUCAAGUUUUUUAUUUUGGCGAAUGCACAGAAGGGAUGUGUUCGUGACCGAUGAAGGAGGUGAUGGAGAUUAUUUGCACAGCAUUCUGGGAAUGCAGUAUGUUUCGUUUGUUCCAGUUGUUUCUCGUUUAUUCAAGCACUACUUGCGCGCGAAGGCGGCGAGUGCAGGUUGUUAUCGGACGUGUUCUGGCACAUCUAUCACUGUGUGGUGUCGUCCUUUUUUAUGACCAUUAUUUUGUACUCUGGUUUUUUAUCGUCUCACUUUCCACAGUUCAUCUUAAUGGCGUGAUUUCCUCUGUGUUAGUGAAGCACCUGCUUUGUCCUGUUUUGUAAAAGCUUGUCAGUAGUAGGUUUGCAUGGCAGAAAUUUGUAUUUCUAUUUUUGUGCCAUGAAAAUGAAGCAAUAAAUUGGCAUUGGGGCCCGUAUCAGUGGAAUGAAAGCCCUCCUGUAUCCAGUAUGUGCAUUUUCAAUAAAUAGCUUGUGAGUAUUAUUA